AAGCCAUAGUGUUCGUACUCUACUUUGCUUCAUUCAACGUUGAGUGAUCCAUCAUGGCCAAAAGCAGGAUUCUCGUCGUAGGCACUGGUGGAAUUGGAACCAUGUCCGCUUACGCCCUGGAGCAUGGUGGGUUGGCUGAGGUUACCGCUGUGAUGCGCUCGAACUACAAAGCCGCGGUGAAACAUGGCAUUGAUAUAGAUUCUGUCCAGUGGGGGCAGAUCAAAGCCUGGAGACCAUCAGCUAUCGUCACAACGGUCCCCAAUGUCUCUAAAGGGGAAGCUGCACCCUUCGACUACAUCCUUGUCACAACGAAGAAUAUACCUGAUAUUCCACCAACGGUAGCAGAGAUAAUCGCCCCAGCCGUGACAGAAAAAACCGCGAUCGUUCUUUCACAGAAUGGCAUUAAUAUCGAGAAACCGCUAAUCGCGCGUUUCCCAACAAACCCUGUCAUCAGCAGUGUGGCUUAUACUGGUGCAACUGAAACUGCUCACGCCAAGAUUUACAACGACGAUCCCGAUUGCCAGAAGAUUGGCGCUUACACAAGCCCCAAAAUUUCUGCUGGUGUCUCGGAGGAUGCUGCUAAGCAUUAUGUUAACAUCUAUAACCCCGAGGGCAAAUUGGAUGUGAUAUACGAGCCAGAUGUUGCUAGAGUUCGGUGGCGCAAAAUCGCGUACAACGGCACCAUGAACCCGAUAGCCUCCAUCCUACGAAUGGAUACACCACGCAUGCGAAUGAGCCAGCAUAUCAUUGAAGAUCUGAUCUUGCCGAUGCUGAGGGAAAUUCAAGCCAUUGCCAAGGCAAGCGGUGUUACACUGCAGCCUGAACCGGAGCUUCUUCAUGCGAUUUUGCACCAAGAUCCAAAUGAUACUGCUUUCAAGCCAAGUAUGUGCCAGGAUCUCGAGAAAGGAAAUUUGAUGGAAGUUGAGAACCUUGUCGGCGAGCCUGUUCGUGAAGCAAAGAAGCUCAACGUGCCUGCGCCAACCUUGAACAUCGUAUAUAGCAUCAUGAAAGGACUGCAACUGAAGGUCAAGGAGGCGAAGGGCCUGUGGGAAGCCAAAUUUGAUGAUGGGAAUCCUUACAUCUAA